CGGGGCUUUCUGGACAUUUCACAUUGAGAACUGGAGAGAGUGGAGCGCAAAAGUCAUUCCUUAUUGUUUUUGCAAUCUCUCUCACGCGCGCGCACACAUCACAAAUCAUUGUUGUAAUCUGAACAAUGGGGGUUGGAGUUUGAUUAGAUCGAAGAGAUCUACAUAGAAUUAACUGUAAUGGGUGCUUCUCAAUCCUCCGUACAAGUACUGGAAGACGACGAGGACGUGGACGAGGAAGAAGAAGAUAAGGAGGAGGAGGAAGAAGAUGAUAACGAGGAAAAUGAGACGAGAGAAGUGGGUGACAACCAUUUGGUGAAGAAGAUUCUGGAACAAGAGCCGGAAAUGCUACCAUACCACGCCUCAGCAUCCCCACUAUCUCCUCAGCCCUCCACUAUUGGCACUCCCAGAUUGGGGCUGGGGCCGUCCAUCAAGGUCUGGGACCCUUAUAAUGUUCUGGCUCCGCCUCCGCCACCGCCACCGCCACCGCUAACGCAGCUUCGGAGCUUCUCUUCCGAUGUGAUUGCCAUUGGCGAUGAUGAUGAUGACGACCGGUACCGGAGAGUUACUGCGGAGGUGUUCUUCAUCAGUCACGGUGAUUCUCACAUCAAUUUAAGGCCAGAUUUGGUUUCUGGACGCUGCCCUGAGGCUGCCCUCACCCUGAAUGGGAAGCGCCAAGCCAGAGCUUUGGCGGUCUUCCUCAAAUCUCAGGGGAUUCGCUUUAAUGCCGUUUAUACUUCGCCAUUGGAUCGGGCCAAAUCAACCGCUGUUUCAGUCUGUCAGGAGAUAAGUUUUGCGGAAGAUCAGAUACAAUCCUCAGAUGCACUUUCAGAGAUGAGUAUGGGACAUUGGGAGGGCUGUCAUCGGUCAGAAAUAUACACACCUGAAAUGUUGAGCUUAAUGGAAAGAAUACAGCCUGAUUUCUCUGCACCAUCUGGAGAAUCACUUAGGCAGGUGGAAUUCCGAAUGGUCCAGUUCCUCAAUGGAACAGUUCUGGGACUGCCUGAGAGGUUGAGAUCAGAUUUCUUGUCUCCAAAUGAGAGCCAAGGAUUUACUCACCACAAUUCUGACGCUCUUUCGAACUCAAUUCAUGACCGAGAUGGGCCUUCUCCUCCACCUCACCAUUGGGAUUUUCUUCAGAGACAUCGGCAAGGGUUUACAAGGAAGAAAUCUGGUAAGAGCAGACUACAAUUUGUGACUACAACUGAAGAUCAUGAGGCUGAUGAUGAGAUUUCCUCUCGAGACUCCAAAAAUCAUAACUCCCUUCCUGAAAUAAAUGUCAGGAACUCCCCCUCCUUUGUAUCCGCUGUUGGUGUUUUCACUCACUCGGUGCCAAUUAAGUGUCUUCUCACAGGCCUCCUCGGAUGCAGCCCCAUCAUGUCACAUAAGAUCUGCAUAGACGAUUCUUCAGUGACAGUUUUACAACAUUCAUUGAAAAUGGGGUGGCAGAUAAAGAAAAUGAAUGAUACUGCUCAUUUAAGACUUCUCUAGUCACGAUAUGAGAAUUAUAAUUUGGAAUCAUCCAUGGGAAAAAUGAGUGGUUGACUGUUGGCUGAAAACUGGCAGUUAUACAACAUACAGAUUGAAAUUAUCCUCUGUAACUUAGGUCACACGAUUUGUUGAUACGUUUGCUUCUUGUAACCUUGCAAUAUUUAUUUCCAGCUAAUGAACUCCGAAAAAGUAAGAAUUUGAUAAUGGAGAUGUGAUAUUGGUCUGAGGUUUGGUGUCUGGUUCAGUGUAAAACGCUUGAGCAUAGGUACCACUAGCGAGUUCGAGCCUCAGUAAGGUUAGGAUUAUCUCAAGUAAUCACUCUCCAGGAUCCUGCCAUUCUGAGACAAGAACUGAGUUAUGCAAUUUUUUUUUAGUUGU